GCGCGUCACCGCGGAGAGGCUCCUCGUUGUGUCGGUGGCGAGCGGGCUGGCUCCGUGCAGCACUGUUAUUAAAUAAUCAUAUAUUUUCAUGGUUUUAUUAUAAUUAUUUCGUUUGCUCCAGAGAUCAGGAGCAAAAAUAUAUAUAAAACGCGGUGGCAUGCGCUGAAGGGACCGUGCAUGUGUCCGCUGCAGCGAAACCCGCCCGCUUAACCGACUCUAAGACCUCUGAGAUACAGCGAGAUCGCACCGGCGAGCCUCCGGUUUUGCACCCGCGGUUACCGGCCGAGCCUCCUCCUGCACGGCAGACCCGGGCAUCCCCGGGCAACCCCGCUGCCCGCCGGGUCAUCCGAGCCACGGUUACGCCCGGCUGACCCGAAGCCCCUCGGUUCGUUGUUCGGGAUUCCCCCGGUGAAUAUAUAAGUCUUUUUUAUUUUUAUUUUAUUUUUUUUUUCCCUCGGUAAGAAGAUGCGAGCCCUGAACCGAUCCUGAUGGCGGCCGAUCCAGGAAAGCUGCAGUCGGCAACGGGGCAGAGUAAGCGAGCAAAAGCAGGUCUGCAGAUGAAGAGUCCGGAGAAGAAGAAGAGGAAGUCUAAUGCGCAGAGCGCUGCAUUCUCCCACCUCUCAGAGUUCGCUCCCCCCCCCACUCCUAUGCUGGAUCACCUGGUUGCCUCAAACCCCUUCGAGGAUGACUUCGGCCCUCCAGCCCGCGGGGGCGGGAUACCCCAGCCCGGCCCCCCAAACCAGGGGGGCCCGUUCAUGCACAGCCCUGGCUCCGGAGGGCCGGGGGGUUACGGGGGAGGGAUGAGGAUGCCCGGCGGUCCUGGGGGGCUGCCCUUCGGCGGGGGUCCGCAGCAGCAGAUGAGGAGACCCCCUUUCCCUCCGCAUCACCAGAUGGGACCUGGGGGGUUCAAUUUGGGGUUUGGGCAGCCUGGAGGGGGAGGAGGAGGAGGAGGAGGAGGAGGAGGGGGCGGAUUCCCCCCUGGGUUUAACAUGCCCCCCAACUUUAGCCCCCCGGGCCCCAUGCACCCCGGGCCGAUGCACCCCAUGCUGUCUCCAGGACUGGGAGGAGGGGGGCACCCCAGGUUUGGGCCCCCCCAGCCAGGGGUGAUGGGACAGGGGGGGCACCCUUUCAACAGCCCCCCGGGAUCCAGACAGCCCCCGAACGCCAUGGGGAACAUGGGCAGCUUGGCAGGCAUGGGGAGUAUGGGGGGAGGAGGGGGGAACCUCAAUAACAUGAACAGCACCGGCAGCCUGCCGCACCCUUUCUCCAAUCCCGACGCCCCCUAUCCUGGACCGGGCACCCCUGGGGGAGAAGGCAGAGGAGUCGGGGGAGAGGACCCCAAAAAUUUCCACAACGCUCCCCAACAGCAGCAGUCCAGCCACCCAGCCCCUCCGCCACCCCCACCCCCUCCUCCCGCCAGCGCUCUGGGUGGAAGCUUUCCCAGUCACCAAGGACUUCAUCCGGACCAGCCCCCUCCCAACGCCUCUCCGCCUGGCUCGGGAUCCGUCCCCGGGCCUGUGAACGGGAGCCAACCCCCCCAACAGCCAGCCGCGCCGCAGCUGCACCAGCCCCCCACCCUCGGCUCUCAGCAGCCGCACACCCCAGGAGGAGGGGGGGCGUUCAGCCAGCACAACAGCGGUGGAAACGCAGCCUCGAAACCUGCAUCCUCUUCAGCUCCUCCUCCUUCAACGACUUCCGCGUCCUCCUCUGCUGGGGCUACGAGCCAGCAGGACCAGCCCCCCCAGCUUCCAGCCCCCCCUCCCCAGGGGAGCCGCUCCAAGCCGGGGGCCCCAGCGGAGUGCCCCUGUGGCUUCUGCCUGUCGGAGGUUCACGACGACCAGGACGCCAUCCUGUGCGAGGCUUCGUGCCAGAAGUGGUUCCACCGGGAGUGCACGGGCAUGACGGAGCCCGCGUACGGGCUGCUGACCAGGGAGAGCGCCGCUGUGUGGGCCUGCGACUUCUGCCUCAAGAGCAAGGAGAUCCAGUCCGUGUACGUGAGGGAGGCCGUGGGCCAGCUGGUGGCAGCGAACGAGGGCUGAGCCCGCUGGGCAGUCUGGUCCAUCCCUGGUUAUACUCCGAGUUUAAUCAGACAUGCCUGAGGUGUUGCCUACACACCCAUCAAGAUCCUGUUAAAUAAAACUCCGGGUGCAACUGCUAAGCCAGGGAUGAGAAUAAGACUCCCGCUGCAUAGCAGUCUGAUCCAUUCCUGGUUUUCACUUCAUCAGACACACCUGAGCUUGUUACCCAGACACACUGGGGGCUGAUCAGGCUGGUAGUAAAACCUGGACUGGGUGACACUGCUGUGCAACAGGACCGUUGACAUUCUCAGGAGUUCAGAUAAGGUUUAAUGUCGUCAGCAAGAACUGCGUUCCUGGAAAAUGUUUUGUCGAGAGACAGAAUAACGAACCACGACCAGCCUUUUCAGUUUUUGAAAACUUUUUUUUUUUUAAAAAUUAAAAACAAGGAAGUGUUUGCUUUUUUGUUUGUUGUUUCUUUAUUAGUUUCAGUUCCAAUGCUGCUGUGUUUAACUGCAGUUGCAGGUAAUGCUGCACGAGUUACACUCAAAAGUUACAAACAGCUGCCCACGUCAGCAUGCUUGCUGUGUGUACUGUAAAUAACCCAAGUGAUAGUUGCAGCUACAAAUACAGAAAUGCACUGUACAACUUUGAAUUUUCUCAAAAUGAGGUCAAAACACAAGACUAGCGAUCGCAUGACAAAUCUGGAACUGAAGUCGUGCGAGUUUGGACAGCAGAGACUUUAUAAUCGCUGUUCAUUCGGAAUUCCAUGGUUCCCAUAGCGACUGACCCCAGGUGCCGCCAGUGUUGUAAGGGUUUGGCUCUGAUCUACAGCGGCUUUUUGUGUUUUCAAUGGUGAUUAAAAUGGCCAUUCCUCCUCCCCCUCUAUCCUCAAACUGCCGCGAGCCAUUGCCAAACAGGACUGCAAACGAAGCCUCCCUCCUAGUCUACUGCCUGAACUGCGCUCCGUAGAGAGAGAGAGAGAGAGAGCAGGGUUUGAACCCGCAGCCAGCGGGACCCCCCAGAUGCUGGAUCAGGUGUUGAAUAUUGACGCUCGACAGACCUCGGAUGGAUGUGAGCCGAGACGACUUCGAGGCUGGACUGGAUCCCUCGUUGCUGUGCUGUGGAGGGGUACCGAGCUGUGAAUACAAACCGAGGGAAAUUCUCACAGCGCUUGUGGGACUGUUAGCUUUUACUCGGUGCUUGUUUUAUACAGAAGAGAAAACGGCAAAUUUUAUUCUGUGUUUCCAAUUCUGUUUUUUUGUACAAAAAAAUUAAUAAAUCAAAGUGAA